GGUUUUGUACUGUUAUCACUUCUGUAGGUAAAGCUAACACGUGUUAUAACAAAUAACUGUAUACUGAUUGGUUAGACAAGACUAUCAUGUUCUUUGUGAUGAUAUUCACUUCCUUGUUCGGUGCUGUGUGUGUAGACCAUUUUUUUGGAGUCUUUGUACAGUUGGAGCGCACUGGGUAUUCUGAAUGGACAAGCCUUAUUCUAUACUAAGAGGAGUAUCGUAUGCUAAUAGCCACAGACAACUACAUCACGCGUCCUCCUCGGAUAUGGCAACCAUGAUACCAACCUUAGAAGCCAGAUUGGCUGACCAACGUCUCCAGCAAUUUAGCGGGGCAGCAACAGGUGGUUCACCAAUCGAGAUGAACGAGAGAGACAGGGGACCGAUAUUGUCAGACGAUACCCCACCUCCAAAGGAAGAAGAGGGAAUGUCCUGUCGGAGAGUGUGUUCAUUUGUAGUUAUCAUACCAAUGAUUUUUGGAGUUAUCGCCCUUGUCGUCAUUGGGAUUAUAUAUUUACCUGAGCCGACCAACCCGCCACCCACACAAAUUCCAGAAACUAUGCCAUUUUGUCUUGGAUCCAUCUCCCCGAAUUCUACCUCUUCCGCACAGUCCGACUGCCCACGUCUAGCAGCGAGUGUCGCCCUUGACGUGUCUAAAGUAAUGAUAUACUCUCCCGGAAAUCUGACAGUGGUCAAUUCGUCCCUCUCUCUGUCCGGAAUCACCAACACCACUGUGGCCGGGCUGUGGACUAUCAACUGGUCGGAUACUACAGGGAAACUGAUCGUUUCACCAAUUCAAACGGCUUUGACUUGUAACAUGGAAGGAACAUAUUUAUUUCAGUACCUUAGCCGUUCGGACGACCUAAAAUACUACCAGCAGUUAUCUCUUACUUAUUUGGGUAAUCUAGCGGAUGUACAGAUAACCGCACAACCAUAUUUGGAAGGAAAUGGUGCCAGCAAAUCCAUAUAUCUCCGUUGUUCAAUGAGAACCGGAUGUCAUCACGGAGUUAUUGUCCCGGAACUUAAUAAAGGAACCGAUACGUUGUUUAUUGAGGACGCGUCGUGCAGCUAUAAGUUCAAUAACUCCAUUGGAGGUGAGGUCACUUGUACGACGAUUAUUGACGAAGACGUGUGGGUCUCCAAAGAUGAAGUUGUAUGUGCCUUGAAGCCAGAAGACGGAGUGCACAAACAAGUCCAAGCAGGGAGAAUUAUAACUAGUGAUGUAGACCUCACAAAUUAUUGCAGUGCGGUUUCAUUCACGAUCGGCGAGUCUGGGCAUAUCAACUGUCGGAAGAUAACAGACGGAAAUAUUGACAUCGUGCUGUCGAGGAAAGGACACUAUUUUGGUGACUGGACAAAACUGGUUACUAUUUCUGGAGAGGGAAGCGGCAAAGCUCUCGAUGACCGCCUGACAUUCAGUGCAGUUAAAUCUGCGGACAUUAUUGAUAUCAAUAUCACGAUAUCAGAGGUUCACUGCGGUGAUAAAGGACAGCUAGCCCUGAACUACUCCGACGGCUCGAGUACUAAUAUAGAUAUUGAUGUUAGUCCCAAGUCAGGUGUUAUUUCACAAAAUUGUCCAGCAUCAGUGACUGCCCAACUCCAUGCCGCCAACAACCUCCAACUAGUCUGCUCCUGGUGUCCCGGUCAUAAGGUCGAUGAGGUUAUUGUGAAUCACACGAAGACGACCGAGGGCGUUACAUCAGAAUUACAGCCAUUCCCAAUCUCCUUCUAUUUGGAUCAACUACAAGUAUACAAAACACAGAACCUGACAAUACAAUUUACUCAGGAGUAUGGUGUAAUGAGAGUGGUUAUAAACCGACUUAAAGGAGUUGGAUGUAAAUAUGGAGACGACUACACCGUCACCCUCCGCUCACCUGAAGGAUCAUCUACCAGGAAUAUACGUGUUAACAUCACAGUUCCCGAAAGUUUGUAUACAUAUACCUUUACCAACCCCCCUGUGAUUGCCAACCAGGAUUUAGAAAUUGAGUUCAAGGGAUUCAUAGGCUGUGCUGUUACGUCAUUAACUGCCUAGAAGAACGGUAUUUCACUUCUGGCAGACUCCGUUAAGACCGCGGAUGAGGAUAUCAAGGCUGCCCUUGCUUUCAAGAUCGUGUGGUCGUAUAAUCCUGUAGAGUCCUCUAUGAACAACAGGAUUAUCAAUGCGUCCGUUUCCUUUACCCCGCUGGGAGAGACAUCACCCAGGGAAUAUGAUGUGAGACAGAGACUAAUUGUGCUCCCAGAUAAUAUUUGUACUAACUCUCCAUUGUGUAACGUGCAACACCCGUCUGAUCCGAACCUGUAUGUCUCGUGUUCCGCUGCUUCCACCGUAGCGGCUGUAGCUAAAUGUCCUGCCGGCCUCAGUAUUACAUUUUCAGAUUCAGACACUUGCUUCGGACAAUGCUUAUAAGAUAGCUCAGCUAUUUCUAUUGUCAUCAAGGUCGCAAUGGACGCUGUAUCAACUUCUCUGGUGUCAGCUUACCUAUAUCCAAGGUUAAAGAAAAUGAUUUGUAUUGGAAACGUCACACAGAAAGACCAAAGUAUUCCUCUAUUAAUACGAUGUGAAACUCGUGUGAAUUUGACGUCUUGUUGAAGAAGUAUGAAAGGUUUUGUAUAAUGUAUAUGUGUGAUAUAUGUUAUUUGAUCGUGUUAAUUACUGCACAUUCCCCGUCGUUGUAGUUUCUUUUUAGAAAUAAAUAUUUAGAAAGCAUAUUAUCUACGUAAAGUAGUAUGUAAAGAUUGUAGUCAUGGCAUGAAAGGGGGGUGGGGUGGGUUCGGACAAUUUACGUUGGAGGUAAAGUAUGUUUUGUAUCUAAAUCACUUCAAAAAACAUAUCAGGAUGAAGGGAAAACCUAGACAAAUGUACUUGUAUCUUUCGUAUAUUUGACAAAAGGUUCAUACACUGUAAACAUAUAGGAAAAACAUAGAAUGACAUUUUUUUACAACCACAUUAUUUUCUAGGUAGUUUUUGUGAAUAUUUUAAUUGUAUUUCAAAUACUUGUACUCAAUCACAUUAGGAUGGCGGAAGAGUCUUUAUGUUGAUACAGUAUUUGCAGAGUCCGUUUAGGAAAAUUGCAUAUUAUAGCUAGAUUAAGUUCACAUUUGAUAAUUCAUUCUGACAUUAUAAAUCCAUCACAAAAGAUUUAUUUAAAUGAAAUUUAACUAAAACUUAAUAUCAUACAAUUUCUGUAGUAUUUAUGAAUAUGUACUAAUACUAACUAGUAUUUAAAUGUGUUAGUGAUUUGUUUAUACUUAGUUAAAUAGAGCAGUCAAUUUUGUGGACGCACUGUGUUAUAUCGGAUUCAUUAUGUCGCAUAUAAUAGCACAAUAUAUUCAAUAGUUUGUGUAUGUAUAUUUAUAUAUAUAACAUUGUCUCAUUUUUAUAUAUUUCACCAUAAAUAUAUAGCAUUGCCUCAUUUUUAUAUGAUAUUUCGCCAUAAAUAUAUAUAGCAUUGCCUCAUUUUUACAUAAUAUUUAAUCAUAGAUACAUACUUAACUUUGCCUCAUUUUUAUAUAUUUCACCAUAAAUAUAUGUAGCAUUGUCUUAUUCAUAUAGUAUUUUACCACGAAUAUAUAUCGCGUUACCUCAUUUUCAUAUAUUUCACCAUAAAUAUAUAUAGCAUUGCCUCAUUUUUAUAUAAUAUUUAAUCAUAGAUAUAUAUAGCAUUGUCUUAUUCAUGUAAUAUUUCACCAUAAAUAUAUAUAGCAUUGCCUCAUUUUUAUAUAAUAUUUCACCAGAUUGUCUUUCACUUAUGACAGGUUGUAGCUUAUAAUAUCCUAUUUAUGCAAGCACAUGUACAGUUGUGCACGCUGCUAUAUAUUUAUAAUUUCGUUUUUGUUGAAUAGAAGGUGAGCGCGAUAAACAAGACAGAACUACUGGUAUUAACAUGAAGACAACUUUUGUACUAUCAAUAGACUGAAGAUUACAUUUUGAUGUUAUUUUACAGACUGUAUUAGCCCUUUACUGCGUUGUUACCGGUAGAAACUGCACUGUGUUGAAUGUCCACUCCCCCACUGCUUAAUGUGUCCACACCCAAACAGUAUGAUGUACCACAGCGUCAAUCAUCCUGGUGGGGCGAUUUUUCGCGAAUCCCGUAUGAUGUACCUUUUUUUUAGAUCCCUCGUUGGUCGGAUAGACCAUAGCUGUCGUGCAGACAUGGUCAUGUGGUUUCAGUGUUUCCGUUGGAGGGGUCACUACUCUUUGUCAAAAACUUCCGAUCUAAGGAAUAGUCAAUGAAAAAUGACAUUCGAAAUUUUGAUACUUGCUUGUCACACGAAUCAUUAAAGUUUAAGUAAAUUAGUAAUUGUUUGUUUGUUGUACUUACAAUGAAACAAACGCGAAUAAAUACCAGCAAAAAAAGCCAAAUUAACAUAUUAAUACACCGUUCAUGACUUCCGGUUGGUGUGUGUCGUCUGCUACAAAUUGUCCUAUUCUCUUUGUACUUGUGCGUUUGGUAGGACGUUGAUAAUAUUGGUCAUAAAUGAUCUGUGGUAAAGUCAAAAUUAGAUAAUUCAGUUUAAUAUGGUAUAUUGGUAUUAAGAGUUAGUAAUCAACUAAUCAUGUCAUGGGUCUGAAGCGAGAUUCAUUACAUUGUAUACACGUACGUACUAGGCUAGCUAGUGCAACAGUGUGGGUUUGUUAGAGUGCGGGAACCUGCCUUAUCACCUCGAAAAACAUUAAUUUCAAUUUGGAACACUGUCCCUGAAUAACAUUCCGGGCUAACUGCUACUGGUGUCAAGAUACGUUAACUCGUGUACGAUGUAACUAAAUUGAACCAAGGCUACAACUGCACAGUGUAUACGUAUGAAACUUGUCAUACAGCGACAUUAAUAAUAGAUAUAAUUAUUGAUAAACUAUUUGUCAAUUUACGAAAUCGGUGAAUCGCUAAUAUUGUAUUUAUUUAAUUAUGUAUUAUUGAUCGGAUAAUAUGUAGAGUAUAAUGUAAUGAAACAACUACAUAUACAUGUAUUUUGGUGAAGUUUGCUAGGUACAUUCAUUUGAACCACAUGGAAAGCAUGCCGUCCAAUUCAAAUAACAGCAACAAUUUAUGAAAUUGACAUGUGCUUAUAAAGAUUAAUCACUAGGAUAUAAAUACUGCAUUAUUUAUUGUCAAUUUAAUGCAAAAAGGCAAUUGUGAAGCAAAGCAUAUUUGGAACUGCUUGAAUAUUAUAUACAUCUAUAUAAAUUGCCAAGGCUGUAUUGGAUUUUUGAUCUUUUAAGGAUAAUUAGUAUAUGUAAGUAAUGAAUAAUAAUCCGUUUUGAUGCAUCUCCCUUUUAAUCAAUAUAUCAAUAAAUAAUGUUGUUGAA